GAAGGAAGAGAUGGUUUUGGCACAGUAUACACAUUUAAAGAGAAACUGGAUAAAUAUAGUUAAGGAGACAGGACAAAAUGAGCUUUGGCUCGUGCCCUGUGCAACACACACACACACACACACACACACACAGAGAGAGAGAGAGAGAGAGAGAGAAAGGGUGGGGGCACUGUCAUGGGAAUGCUUCACUGCUUGUUGUAACGUGCAUGAUGGUGGGCUGCCAUAACACUAUGGAUUACAGUCCUUUCACCCACUUACUGUUUGCUUGCUUCUGAAGUCCAAAUCACAAGAAAAAGUUAACUUCUGAGUAAUUUUCAUCUGGGUUUACCGACUAAUUUCUUAGGUUCUCUAACUCAAGAGAGAGAGAGAGAGAGAGAGAGAGAAAGAGAGGACCGAAAUCAACACUAGCCGAACUGGUUGAGUCAAAUUCAGAACAACAACAGAGCCACCGCGGGACAGCAGGCAGCUUCACUACGGGGUCAUGCUGUGGACAGUGGAGCUGGCCGGGGGACCACAGCGGGUCAACCAUGCUGCUGUGCCUGUGGGAGACAGAAUUUAUUCCUUUGGGGGUUACUGCACUGGAGAAAAUUACCAGACGAUCAGGAAUAUGGAUGUACAUGUUUUGGAUACAGUAACUUAUAGAUGGAAAGUGGUUGAGAUCCAUCAAGAAAGGAGAACAGUCCCCUUCCAGAGAUAUGGACACACUGCUGUGGCAUUUGGAAACUUGGUUUAUGUCUGGGGUGGUCGAAAUGACAACACUGCUUGUAAUAUACUGUACUGUUUUGAUACAAACACCCACCUAUGGUCUGUCCCAGACGUGAAGGGACUAGUUCCAGAGGCCAGGGAUGGCCACUCAGCAUGUAUUGUCAAUGACCACAUGUACAUAUUCUCUGGCUAUUUGGAAUAUAUGGAAUCAUACACUCAAGAAGUUCACACUUUAAAUCUCAGAACUAUGACUUGGUUGUACGUCAGAACUACCGGGCCAUCUCCAAUCUUUCGUGACUUUCACACAGCAACAGGAAUUGAUGGGGUCAUGUUUGUUUGGGGAGGAAGGGAAGUGCCUAGUGGUUGGUAUGAUUCCCCAGACCAUGAAGAAUAUGGAUCUAAUAUGUAUGCUCUAGACACAACCACCAACCGUUGGAGCAUUGUUCCCUCGUCAGGCAGUAUCCCUAUUGGUCGCAGGUCCCAUUCAGCCUUUGUUUACAAGAACUACAUCUAUGUUUUUGGGGGGUUCAAUAGCAAAGAAGGUCGUCAUUUCAAUGAUCUACACAGAUUUGAUCCAGUGACACACUACUGGGAACGUGUGAAACCCCUGGGUGUUGGGCCCUGUCCUCGGCGCCGACAGUCUUGUUGUGUUGUGGGCUCUAGGAUGUUCCUCUUUGGGGGUACCAGCCCAAAGGAAAAUUAUGAAGAUAUGACGCCAGCAGAAGAUGAUGCCUACAGUGAAGAAUCAACAGACCGCCGCCUCAAAGAUCACAAUGAUCUCCAUGUGCUUGAUUUUGAACCAAGCCUGAAAACAUUGUGCCUAAUCAGAGUAGAAAGCCUUAAGCUUGACACCUCUUGGCUCCCAAGGGAGCUUCAAGCUUUGUUGGAAGUAAUGACUUUGCCCAACAAGAUAACUCCAAGGCCCCUAAACCACACUGGAUGAUUGCAGUGAUUGCUUGGGCGAAAUGCAAAGUCCAGAAGAAUAUGAAACAAAAAUGGAACUUUCACUACCCCAGUCUGGCACCACAGCUACUUCUCUGUCCAUGUCUGUGCUGCAGCUUUUAGGAUGCACAGAAGCCUGGCUUGGUGUUUUCACACUUCAGGUCCUUUCAGUUGUCUUCAACAAGUAGAGGUUUAUAUAUAUGAUCCAAGAAUCUCCAACCUGAGACAGAACAGGUGUUUCCACAGAUUAUUUGGUUAAGCUUUUAUUCCCCUUUUCUUUUUCAAGUGACAAAAUUGAUGUCAAAUAACCACUUACAUCUUGGUCUUUAUUGUUAAGCAGUGAUUGGUGAACUGACGCCUGGUGUGAUAUACUACAGUUCAGGUCAGGCACAAAUUAAUUUAACUAAGAUUUUUUUAUAGUAUAUCAAGAUAUCUAUGUUAUUUUAAAUGAAUCCUUAAAAAAAUAAAUAAAAUAAAAUAAAUAAAAAAAAAAAA